AUGAAGAUUUCAAUUAUUCUGUUGGCUUUUUCGUGGACCAUAUUGAUGAGCUCCACCACCGAGGGAUGGCCAUGGCCUUACAGUAACAAGAAGAGAGUUUGCAUGAGUCAGUACAUGAGAUUUCAACCAUGCGUUGGUGAGUUACUUGGCUUCACAUAUUGGCAGCGUCCUAUUUCUUCCUCUUGCUGUGCCACAGUUGUUGAUAUCUCUGCCACCGCUGGCCUUUGUCCCCACACAUUACCUUAUUAUCACUCCUUACCUAACUUGGCUUUCUUUCAAGCCCAACAUCAUUGCACCACCACCACAAACAUUCCAUCCCCAUCUUCACCACCACCACCAGCAGUAGCACCGCCAGCACGACCAAUACCCCCGCCGCCACCACCACCACCACCAUCACCCCCAUCACAAUCACCACCAAAGCCGAAGCCGUCACCAGAUGAUCCGUUCCCGAAUAUUAACUAUGCUGAUAAAAAAUGUGUGGAAGAACCUCGACUCCAUAAAUACUUUGUAGAUAUAUCACAAUACACUCUUCUGAAGACACCACUUCCUUCAGCUUGUUGCGAAACUAUACUCGACGUUACAAACAAGUGCCCUGAUGAUGUCGGCUGGGAUAAUCUGAUCUUAGAAUGCCUAGACUAUUGUAGAAGUAUUCAGAAGACAACAUCAUCACCAUAG